GUUGUAUUAUUCAAGUGAAAGAACAGACGUGAAUUCAAGUGGGAAAAUUCGUAAGAAAUAUCGURCUGAUUAGUUAGAUAUUCAUAAUUAUUUGUUUUGGAAGAAAAUAAGAUCACAUCGUAAUAAAAUGCAAUCUGAACUUUUUGUAAAAAAACUAUACAUCUCGCAAGCUACAUCGCCGCCCGCUGUUCAAUGUACUUCACCAUCAUAAUAACAGGUCAUUUAUCAACAUGAGAUCUGAUCUUCCUAGAAACAUUGGCCUUACAACACACAAUGGUGUAUACACUUUACCAAUAGUCAACGAAUAAAACAACCUAUUGAAGUUGAACGAACAGCAAACUUAAGACUCAUCUAAAAUGUUAUCAACUUCAUAUUGUUUGAUUUCCUCUAUCUAAUGUGAUUGACGCGAUGGGAAAAAUAAAAUUUUCAUUCUAUCGAAGUUCACUUGUGGGAGUAUAAUUUAUAUAUAUUUUAUAGAGUCUUUUUAGUACGUAAAGUAUACAAACGAAAUAAUAAGCAUAUGUGCGUCAUUCAAGAUAAUAACUUAUUGAAUUCUAAAAAUCUUGAUUUGUUUAUACAUGUGUAGAAAAAUCUACAAUAAUUUGGUAUUCAUCUCAACAGAAAACAAAUACAUUGAAUGGAAUCAAGGCUAGCAGUGUUACAUUAGCGGAAUUUUCCUCUCAUUUCAAACAUAAAUUUGGCUGUUACACCAAGAUGGACUGAUUGGUUACGUCCUAGUAGAUGUCAAUAGCAAAUGGUAAACCUUUAAUUAAAAUGUGAAAUUUGUAUCAAUUUGUGUUCUUUAGUAGUCGAAAUAAUGAUAUUAUGUUUAGACGCUUCUGUGCUUUGAAGAAGUAACAAAAGAGAAACAAUUUUUUUUGUGCGAAAAUAAGUCUAUAUUAAUAGCAAUAGUAACAGCAAUGUUAUUGGUGUUAUCUCAUUUAAUAUAUUUAAUUACUCCCAUCUAGUAGUAAAUUUGUACUACAUUGUUAAAAUAAAUAAUAAGCAAUUAUAUGUGUAUUUGUACAUAAGUAACCGACGAAACAAAGCUUCAAAUAAAUAUAGUGAAUAAAUAUUGCCGUAGUGUGUGAUGUUGAGAGUCAUUGAACAGGGCAGCAAGAGAUUUGAAAGAGUGUAAAAGAGCGUUUGGAUUGUUUCCCAAUGCGAAUACCUACUUCGCAGAUAAGAGCAAACACCUAUAGAACGACGAAUAUUGUUGGGAUCAAAAUCGCUAUCAUUUUUUGAGUGUAUAGACGAGGUGUAUGUCGUGAAAAAGAUAUUAUAUGUGGUCGCACAGUUUAAAAUUGUUAUCAUCAAGAUUUUCGAACUAUCUGGUAGUGAAAGAUCGCGGCUUAACAAUUGYUAGGCUUAAUAGCCAAAGCAAAUCAAUCGUUAAUUUUUAAAUUUGUUAUUUGUGAGAUCAAUUCAAAUGAAAUAAAUAAAUUGAAUUAAUAGAACUUGAAUAGAAGUAUAAAUGAUUUUCGUAUUGGACACGCGUAAAUCAAUGUGAGUUCGCGCCGUAGAUAAGAAGACACAAUGAUGUUAAAUAAAUAUCAGAAUUAUUUGCAACAACACCAAAACCAACAUCAGCAGAUUGUACAACAGCAACAAAGCUGCGGUGAUAUUACUACAAGCGUUGGUGACGCUGGUCUUUCCGAUUAUGGAACUAUGGCUUCUAAUAUUUCCAAAUCAGAACGAGAAUCUAUACACUCUGGUCAAUUUAUGGUUUCUCAUUUCGAAGCGGAAGAAGCUCAAGAAGAUGAUCUCGAAGAGGAUGAUGAAGUAAAAAUGCUUGAUCCCGAAGAAAUAAAUCUAACAAAACCAGAGGAUGUAGAAAAUACAUGCACUGACGUACAGCGUUUUGUACCACGAAAAAUAUCAUACGUUCAAGAGCUUGGUCAAGAAGGAUCAGCGGUGGCCUCUCACUUGGAAAUAGAAACUUCGCUCACCAAAUUAUUCAAAUGUAUGAAUUUAGCUUACAGUCAAAAAUUAACAUCCCCAAAAUGGAAUCAUUUCAAAGGAAUUCGCUUGCGCUGGAAGGAUAAAAUUCGUUUGAACAAUGUAAUUUGGCGAUGCUGGCACAUGCAAUUCAUACUGAARCGUAGGACACCCGUGUGCCAGUUUGCAUCACCAUUGGACGUUGACAUCCAUAGCAACCCGCAGGCGGUUGUAUUAGAAGGGAAAUAUUGGAAACGUCAAACCACCGUUAUCAAAGCUGAAUACAGGAAAUGGCGAAAAAAUUCGAAAUCUAAAACUGCUGGUUGCCUCACUUACGAUACGAAAAGUGAAUUCGACUUUUUAGAAUGGUCUCCACUGAACGAUCGCAUGUUAAUGAUACCCGAUGAUUGGACAAAUGACACACUGUUCUCUUCAAUUAACGGACCAUUUCCAUUUCCAGAUCCUCGUGAAAUAGCACGUGGUGCGGGAAUCGCUGAUUUCAUACAACCUGGCCUUGGCUCUCUUCAGCCGAACAUUGACGAUAUCGAUCUGACGAUUGAUGCUUUAUUUUUUUCAGAGCUGUUGCAGCCGAAUCGACUUCCGCCAGUGCCAGAGGAAGGCACUGAUGAAAUGCUUAAAAAUGUAGAAUAUAACCUCUCCGCAAUCAUGGGUCCUGAUCAACUAGAGUCAAAUAAUAUGGUUGGUGAUAACAAUUCGAAUACACUACCUGUGAACGAUGAUGCCAAUAUGUUAGACUUAAAUGCGCCACUUGAUUCGAUACAGUUUCAAUCGUCAAUGGUUCAACGUUAUCCAGCACCAUUAUCUCGUGAAAAUAGUAAUAGUCAACUAAUGAACACCUCGGGAUGUAAUCAAGCGCAGACAAUUAACUCUGUGGACGCCAUUAUGACCGAUGAUCAGACGGGAACCGUAGGUGUUAAUGAUGGGUUAGGUUCCCCCGGCUCUGCAACAUCAGCUUCGUCAUCUAUGCGAAUUCACUCCAAACAUUUUCCUUCAACAAGUGAAGGUGUUUCAAACAACCGAUCCACAGGGAAUGAAUUUCCAAGCAAAAGUGUUAUGAAAGGGCGAAUUUCCAAAAACUCACAAAGGAUAUUUAGGCGGGAACCCCAUAACUAUGAUAAAGCUCAACCAACAUUGCAUCAAACCACAAUUUAUCAGCAAAUGUUGGCAGAACAACAGAAAAGCCAACAAAAUCAACAUUUACAGCCUACCUUAUCUUGCACAGCACUGCAACAYCAUAGUAUGUCCUACCAUCAAACACAACAACAGCAGCAACAAAUGCAAUCAGCGGCCACACAAUAUCCCACUGGCACUGGCGACGGUGGCAGUGGUGCAGUUUACGGUGGCUAUGGAAAUGUAGAUAUAUCAGCAUCAGCUAAUAGUGGUCUUAAUGUUAACAACAAUUUGCUUAAUGUUUCUAUGGUAAAUCAAAAGCCCAAAGGUUAUGCAAUAAUACAAACGACGACAAAUUGUAUGCCUAACCCCACACAAAUCAAUGCUAACAACUCACCACAUACAGGAAACACAUCAGUGCUGUUGCAGACGGUGAAAACGGAACCACCAUCCACCGAUAUGCUAUCCAUGUAUAAUUUAAGUACUUCAAAUGACGUUUAUGGCAUCAACACUAAUCUAAGUGGUAACAACAACUCAAACGCUUAUAAACCUUAUCCCAGUGUGAGCAACUUUAAGAAAUCAGCAUCCACUGGCGGUUACAUUAAUGUUCGCGUCAAUACGAAUUCGCCCUAUAUGCACGAUCAAACCACGAAUGCACAACAAGUACACCAACCACUGAAUUUAGGUUGUCAGGUGACUUCGUUGCCCAGCCCCUUACAAUUACAGGUACAAGCACAAUGCCAAUUAUCGCCUUCAUCUAGUCAUCAGCACCAACAACAGCCACAGCAGUGCUCUCAGCAUCUCCUAACAACCCAACAGCAGCAUCAGAUGCAGCAGCUUAGUCAACAACAGCAGCAGCAACAACAACCGUCUGUCAAUAUGAUGCCACGUGAAAUGAUUCGUUCGAAUAGUUUACCCUUGAAUGUGACACUGCAAAAAUUGGAGUCACGCUCAAGUCACGAUAACUUCGUUGUGCCCAAAUAUCAAGCUAAAAAUAAUAAGCCACGCUCACGCAGCAAUUCAAUACAUCAGCAUUCGUUAGUUGCACCCAGCGGUGCCAAUAAGGCCAGUAGUGCAACCAAUAGUAAUCUGAUGGUCUCACCGCAGUUGCAAUCAGCCACCAGCGAUCCGAUGUUAAAUAAUAGUACCUUAGCUCAACUUUUGACUACGAGCUCACGCUCGUUGCUUAAGAAACAAAGUUCGUCCUCAAGUGCCAUAUCAAACAUAAAUUUACCGAUGCCUGCGAUAUCGAUGCCCGCAGUGGUGGUACCAUCACCAGCGUCUUCGACCAUAACUGUAAAUACAAAUAAAUCACAAAAUAUCGGCAACACGUCAGCCAGCGCCAAUUACUUUGCAACUUCCAAUGUACAAUGCGCGUCCACUAACGCGUCCGGAACAUCAGCGGAUUCAUCAUACACUCGUCACAGCAUGCAAAUGCAUCAAGAACAACUGUCACCAAAAAAAUGUACUUCACUGCCAACACCAGCGGCACCACAAAUGUUACAUAGCCCACCUUGCAGUAAGAUGUUAAGUUACCCGCCGACAGCCAAUCAAGCAGCCAUGUGCACUAAUACUUUGAGCUUAUCACCAGAUUCCUUUCAUGAUCAAGAUUCACCGCUUUCACCAACACAUAGUUUGAAAUUUCCACGCGAUAAUCAAAGACGCGCCGGUCAUAUACAUGCCGAACAAAAACGACGGUAUAACAUUAAAAAUGGCUUCGAUUUAUUACAUUCACUUAUACCGCAACUCCAACAAAAUCCCAAUGCCAAGCUGAGUAAAGCGGCUAUGCUGCAAAAAGGUGCGGAUCACAUUAAACAUUUGCGUGCGGAACGUAAUCAAUUGAAGGAUCACAUGGAAGCUUUGCUUAAGGAGAGAGACAUUCUCAAUAACUCUCUAACGCAUUUGCACUCAAUUCUCCCAGCCAAUGGCGCGCCUGUUACACGUCAGGGCACCGAACAUGUUCGGCAGUUGUAUGAUCAGUAUGUGCGUCACCGUACAAUGCAAGACUGGAAAUUUUGGAUUUUGGGACUUAUAUUAGAACCCCUGCUAACCUCAUACACAGCGUCAGUGUCCAGUGCCAGUUUGGAGGAAUUACGACGCACAGCGUUUUUAUGGGUCGACCAGCAUUGUUCACUGAUUGACUUGCGACCAGCUGUUUCUAAUAAAUUAAAGUACUUAUCGAUGAAAACCGAUAUUUUGUCAGAUCCUCCGUCAACUUUGAAAGACGAAGUCGCAAAAGCUGUCUACAACAGCUCUGGGCACCAUCCUAAUUUGCAUGGAACUUAAAAUAUACCAUAUAUUAGGCGAUUGUUAAGCAUAGUAAUGUAAAAAUUUUCGAUUUUUGUUUCUAAUAUUUUCAAAAAUUUGUACAAAUAUUUUUUAUUCUUAAAAAAUCGUGCCUAUAAAAUUUAAAAAUAAUUACUGUUAACGUUAAUAAAGUAUGAGAAACAAUUUUAAUGUAA